AUGAGUAAACAAAGUGCACAAGUGAUCCGGUAUGGGGGCGGGGAAAGCGAUGACUAUUCAAUCUCCAAUACUCCAACCCUCCCUAAAGUAGAAGAACAAGUGUCUAAUACGACAUCAUCCACCGAGCAACAAGAAAGAUUCGAUGAUAAAUUUACACAAAAAGAUGUGAUGAAUAAAAUCUAUUAUCUCUUACCUAAUUACGGAGCAAAAGAAGGAAUUAGUCUGCUCGAUGCAUAUACACGAGAGGAAUUAACCAAUAGAUUGAUUAUCCAAAUUGACCAAAAAGAUAAACAAGCACCAAAGUUUUCUGUCAUAGAUGACAUAUCUAAGAUAUAUGGAUUACCUGGAAUUCAUGAAUGUAUUAAUGGGCAAUGGCUUUUAAGACCAGUAAUUGAUAUUAAUGCAUCUAAAGAAAGAAUAGAAGCUGAAAACAUUAAUACUAAAAAUGUGUUUUUCAGCAUUUGUUGUUCAUUUGUAAGAGCAUUGUAUCGAAUUCUUGAUUGUAGUUGGAAAGAAAUUAUUAAAGAAUUAGUAAUUAUGACAUUAUCUGAUGAUAAUAAAUGCAGUUAUUACCUUCUAUACACUCCAGCUCUUCUUGUUGAUUAUCUAGAGCUAAAAGAAUUUACAGAAUUAGUAUUCAGAUUAACUGGAGAAAAAUAUAAAAAGUUUAUUGAUCGAGGAUUACCUGGUAGAAAUUUCUGUCUCCGCUUAAUUGGUUCAGCAAAAAAAGAUCGCAUGAAGCGCAUACUUCAAUUCUCACUAGAUAAUGAUGUAGAGAAAAUAAAUCAGAAAAAAAUAAUCGUUGGUCAAGAUUCACUAAAAAAAUAUGCUAAUCUAGUUCUGCAAGAAUAUUCUGAUUAUCUUGGAGGGUGGGAUAUCGAAGAAAAAAAUUCUCAAAAAAAUCAGCAAAAAAAUAAAAAUAAUGUUCCUCCACCCAUUUCUCAUAAAAUAAAGGGCCCUAAGUUCUCAAAACCCUUCUUAGAAAUGCUGGGUUGGGUUAAAUAUAAUGAACCCCUUACCGUAUCAGAAAGAUAUAAAGAAAGAUAUGUAAAACCUUUAUCUAAAGAAAAUGAUAUUUAUAUAGGUUCGCGUUGGGGAACGGGAAAAACAUAUGCUAUAGAAAAUUUAAAUAUUCCAGAAAAUACAAGCUUACUCAUAGCAUCGACUCGACACACAUAUUUGGAUGCUAUUACUAGCAGGCUCAAUCUCAAAUCAUAUUGUGAUAUCGAUGGACCUAUAAAUCUGAGAGAGCAUCAAAGGGUAGUAUACCAUGCUUCGCAUAAAUGUCCUCCAAAUCCUUACAUUCUAGUAUUAGAUGAGAUUCUAUUAAUUAUCUUGCAAACACAAACUUGUUUAAGUGGUUUGUCUAUAUCUCUUGCCAAUUUCUCAGAAUUAAUUACUCAGGCAGAAAGAGACUUUGACCAAAUAGGAAAUAUUCAGUUAUCCACAACACAUACCAGCUCCAAAAAGAAGAAAAAUAUUCAGGAUAUUGUUCGCGCUCUUAGAGCUGAUUUCCUGGAAUUGCGUAUAAAAGAGUAUCAUGGGGUUUCUUGCAUCAAUCCUAAGUUUGAGCGAGCAUUCUGUAUCUUCAGUAGUUAUAUAGAAACAAAUGCUGGGACAAAUCAAAUGUUAUUCCACAUGCGAUGCAUUAAAGAUUAUAUAUGUUAUAUUCAACAAAGGGCAUCUAAAGCCCCAACUACAGAAGAGGGGUUGUUUCAAUGGUUAACAGAAGCAAAAUGCGGAUGUCUUCCCCAAGAGCUUCAGAAUAGAGGAAUAUUUCCAAAUAUAGAUACUAUUAUUCGAAAUAAAGAUGUCCCAACUAUCCGAUUAUGGGUGGCAUAUAUGAUGGAAAAAUUUCGCUCUCAACAUCUUUUUGGUUGGAGAAUGGUUGAUUUUCUCCGAAAGGCAGGUAUGGUAGUUUCAGUAAUAGAACCAACUCCCAAACCUGAAGAUAAUACUAUGUUAUUAACUGAAACAGUAAAGGAAUGUUCUUCGGUUAUUAAAGCAGAGGAAAUUUCAGACCUUGCAAAUGCAAAUAUUAUUAACCGUGAAACGGCUGAGCAUCUAGAAAAUAAACCAAAGAAAACUUUAGAAGAAAUGCGAGCAUUAGACUGGCACUAUAUUGUAAAUUGCUAUAAUAUAGCACCUGAGUCUUUGACUAAAGAAUUUAUCUCAGAAAAUGAUAGGCUCGCAACUGUUACUAGAGCUGAAAAACAUCGAAUUUGUCUUGGAUUAUUAAAAAUUUGUACACUCGUUAAAGAUAUCGAUGAUAGAAAUAAAUAUAAAACUGAUAUUGUUAAAACACGAUUAGAAUCACCUGAAUCUAUAAAAUAUUUCCAAGAAUUAGUUCCUAAAAUGGCUUGUUUGAAGCUCAAAGGUACAAAUAACAAGCAUACACAUUAUCAUCUAGUUGGAGCGUUUAAUAGUAUAUAUGCCUAUGCAUAUACACCUGAGUUGCCACUAUACCAGACGGGUGAGGAUUGGGAUAAUAGAGAAGAUUGGCGAUAUGGGUAUAAUAAACUCUCACCCGAUGAAAUAGAAACUUCUCCCAAUUCUAUCUCACAGAAUACUCAGAACUUAUUUGAUAUCUGUUAA